AAAGGCUAUAUCCAAUCUUGAAAUGUGUGGCGUGUAUUUUUACCUCUAACUGCAUUACAAAGUAUAGCUGCUUUGAAAUCGCGUUCCAUGCACGCCAGACUUCUUGUACGCGACCUGCAGACACUGAAAAAUACACGACGAAAGCUGGAGAACAGACAAAUAAAUCAACCCACAACCGUCUUUAUUCUUCACCACCGCUAACACACCAUUGCUAUCACUCAUUCAUGGCUAAAUCAGAGUCACCUAGCAUAUUUAGCCCCUCGGUAAUAGUCCUUAGCACCGGGAUCGCGGCCUCGCUUUUCCUCGGCGCAAGGGUCGUGUCCAAACUCAGACGGAUUCCGCAGGCGAUCCAAAUCCCACCGCAAUAUCUCCAUAAAAAGACGCUUUUUGGAAAGGUUACUUCCGUAGGGGACGGUGACAACUUCCGGUUUUAUCACACCCCUGGCGGGUUCCUCACAGGCUGGGGCUGGUUGCGCGCCACGCCGCCCAUUAACAAGCGAGGCUACGGCAAAGAGACCCUUAGCGUCCGGCUAUGUGGCGUGGAUGCUCCCGAGAGGGCACACUGGGGAAACCCGGCCCAGCCGUUCUCAGAGGAAGCGUUGAUCUGGUUGCGCAGCUACCUCAUGGGAAGACGUGUGCGAAUCAAACCGUUGUCCAUAGAUCAGUACCAGCGUGUGGUUGCAAAGUGCUGGGUGUUGCGAUACACCGGCUGGAAGGACGUCAGCGCGGAGAUGAUUAAAAACGGUAUCGGUGUGGUGUAUGAGGGUAAGACAUCGGCAGAGUUUGACGGGCAAGAGGAGCGGUACAAGCGGUUGGAGGCAAUGGCGAAGAAGAGACGCCGGGGACUAUGGGGGGUCAAUGGGGCACUCCAGACGCCGGGAGAGUAUAAGAAAGUGCAUAAGCAAUAGCAGGCAUUAGCAUCAAUUAAAUUAAUAUUAUAAUAGUUCAAAGUGGGUGGAAGUACCAGAAGGCGCAUGAGAUAAAAAGAAAUCUCUACGACUACAGUACAUAAGAGGGCGC